UUCUUUGUUAAAAUCAGGAUACUCAAAGUUUCUUUUACUCUCCACGGCUCGAUUGUGUGGCGUCGCGUCCAGCACAACAGAAGAUGCAUGACGUCAUUGGAGAACACACACGAUAACUCAUCUCCCCUCCUACUAGGAAAAAUGUAAACAAUAGUGACAAAAGCGGAUCGAUCAUAUGGUGGUCAAUGUCGCAGCAAAUAAUUAGUGUGCCUUCAGUCAUUCGUAGAUUAACACGUGGGUUCCGCUUCUCACAUAAUUUUGGCACCAUGAGCCAAGACAACCCGAACUUCAGCAGCAUCCACUCGGCCGGAAUUGACGAGGUGCACGACGUGCCGAUUGAGGUCAUCGUCCGGCCGUUCAAAUCAGAGUUGGACGAGGAAAAAGUCAAGAGUCUCAUGCAAACGUUACAGAACCCUGGAACGGCGGAUCAAGUUCCGCCAAUAGACGUGCUAUGGUUGGAAGGAACGGAGGGUGGAAAUUAUUACUAUUCUUUCGGAGGGUGCCACCGAUUUGCAGCGCACCAGAGACUGAAGAAACAGUUUGUGAAGGCGAAAUUAGUGAAAUCCAAUCUGAACGAUUUGAAAUGCUACCUUGGCUCGUCAACACCAAAAAUAUUAAAAUGAUACAUUAAUGUAAAUAAAUAUUUAUUUUUGCAUUCGCUUAAUACGUCAUUAACUAUAAAUUUAAAAAAAAAAAUUGAAUUGUUCACAAAUAUUAAUUGUGGAAAAGAAUUAAAAUUUGAGCCUCAGCGCUAUCAUAAAAAAUUGUGUAAACAUUUAUAAAAAGAUGAUACAUUAUAAGCAAAUCAUAUCAUAAGACUGCAUAAGACCAGAUAUAUUAUUCUAAUUCCAAAGUACAAAGAGGAAACUUCUUUUCUAAAUCUUUGAGUUCGCUUAAUUCAUUAAAGAUUUCCAUGUCAAUAUUUUUCUUUAUUUAACAUACAAUAAAUGAUCAAUGUUAAUAAUGUUAAUUUCAAUUAAUAAUUUAUUGGGCUGCGUUAAUUAUUUGCAAUUAAAAAUAGACAGAACUAGUGAAAUCUGCUGAAAAUAAACCAAUCAUACUUUCAUGAUUCUCUGAUUUUAAGUAUAUAAUGUUAGUUAAUAUUUGAGAAGAUUUAUAAUUUGCUUCUUGCAAGGUGAAAAAACCUUAAAAUGCCUCAGGUAAAAAAUGUGAACCAGUAAUAUUUCUUAUAAAAUAAAAAUUCAAUUUAAGGAUAUAAUA